AUGGCGGACGAUGACAAGGCAAAGGCUGAGAAGCUGGCCGCGGCCAAGAAGAGAGUCGAAGAAAUGAAGAAGAAGCAAAAGAAGAAGGCCGGCGCCAAAAAGGACAAGGAAGAAACCAAGCCAGAAGCUGGCGCCAGCACGCCCAAGGACGACAGCGAACCCGCCCCAGCACCAGCCAGCGAGGAAGCCGCCGAAGAGUCUGCCGAGAAGACGGCCGCCGGGGAUGAAGCCGUGGAAGAUCCUACCUCCCCCGCCCAGACGGCCUCGCAGCAGUCUAAGCUGCGCUCAGCUUCCUUCCGCGCCGGAUCCAUUUCGGGCGGCCCAUUCUCACCAGGCGCAGAGGGCGAGACUGCCGCCGAUAUUUAUCGCAAGCAGGUUGCGCGUAUUGAAGAUUUGGAGAAGGAGAACAAGCGACUAGCCAAGGAAGCAGCUGAUUCUGAGAAGAGAUGGCAGAAGGCCGAGGAGGAGCUGACAGAGCUCAAAGAAUCUGACACCAAGACAGGCGGUAGCGAUAGCGCCGAGGUAACAAAGUUGCAAGCUGAGCUCGCAGCUCUCGAACGCCAGAACGCCCAGCUCCAGUCCGCGGCGGCAAAGAGUCGCGGCCAUGGCCCGUCGCCAUCUGUCUCGGCAUCCUCUCCACCUUCUGCUGAGCUUCAAGCUCAACUAGCCUCCAAAUCAGCCACUAUCGAGACGAUGGAGAUUGAGCUCUCCAGGCUCCGUGCCCAGGCCGAGCGCCGCGCCAGCGAGGGCGGUACCGAGAAGGAACAGAUUACGGCGCUAGAGGAGAAGCUCGCGCGCGCCGAGCAGGCUGCUUCGACAUCUUCUCGCGAGCUCCAGGACCUAAAGCGUAACCUCGAGCGGACAAGCGAAAAGGCAAUCAAGGAGAGCAGCAGCCGCACCAGCGCCGAGACCAAGGUCAGAAGUCUCGAACAGGAAAACGAGACUCUCCAGGCGGAAAAGGAGGAGCUUCAGAAGAAGCACGACGCACUCGAGAAGAAGGUCACAGCGCUGGGCAACCUGCACAAGGAGAAUGACUCGAGAACACAGACACUACGCAAGGAGAAGGAGGCCGCGGAGAAGGAAGUGCUUCAACUCAAGGAAAAGGUCGAGACCCUCGAGGCGGACAAUGCGCGCUUGCGCAAGAAGGAUGCUGCAGAGGGCGGCGGCGAUGACGACGGUGUUGAUGAGCUCGAAGAUGAAGGACGGCAGAGGCUGGAGAAGAAGAUUCGUGACCUGGAGUCUGAGAUUUAUGAUCUUCGCCGCGGUAUUUGGCACCAGCGCCGCAAGGACCUCGAGCCCGGUGCCGAAGACGUCACCUCCCCAGGAGGUGACUUUACCAAUAUUGACCUUUCCGGCCCGCAAUCACCUGAUGCUGGCCGCAAACACUCGCAGCAAAAAGGCUUGGGCGAUUUCUUCACUUCGGGCCUGAACGCCCUCACCGGUACGACGCCCGGGGGACCAGCCGAUGAGGACGGAUUCCUCGAUGACGACGACAUGGAGUUUGACGAGGAGGCGUUCCGGCGGGCCCAAGAGGAGGACGCCAAGAGGAGGAUCGAGCGGAUCAAGGAGAUCAAGCGCGGUCUCAAGAACUGGGAGGGCUGGCGACUGGAUCUCGCCGACUCGAGGCGCGGUGGGGGAUACGGUGUUGGCGAGGUCUUUGAAAUUUAA